AUGCCGAAACAGUUACAGAGUGCAGAAGUCAACAAACUUGACAACAAUGAAUGCUGGCGAGUCGUAGCGGGAAAGCAAGUUCAAAGCAAGGGUCCUUCUGUUUCUGCCGCAGGAGUAGAGGAAGUAGUGCUAGUGGUUGCAGCAGCACUAGUAGCAGUAGCAGUCGUAGAAGAAGUAGUAGUAGUAGUCGUCGUAGUAGUAGCAGUCGUAGUAGUAGUUGUUGUUGUCGGCAUCAUCGCCGUCGUCGCUGUCCGUGUUGUGGCGCUUCCGCUUUCUGCUAAUCCUACUGGCGAAGAUGUUUGCUCCAAAGGAGUGGCCUGUUGUCGACUGGCCCCCGGAGCUGGCUGGCCAUCCUUGGGGGUGUCGCACUUGGCUGCUGAUCUUCAGGCCUUGUGUGCCGCUGGAGGAAGUGGAAGAGUACAAACAGGCCGAUGGCUCCAUCUGCCUACUUGUCCACGCAACUGGUUUGGAGGACUCGGGGCCUUUUUGGGGUUCAUAUAUAUAUAUAUAUAG